AUGGGAAACACUGUGACUCGAGCAAUGACAUACAGCAUAUCGCAAAAUCAAAAGAAUGCCGUUGCUGCCCUCUCAUUUCAAGGGGAACCAUUGAGUUGGUUUCGCUUGGACGAUGGAGUCAUGGGUGGUCAGAGCGAAACUACCAUGGAUAAGAUUCAGUAUCAUCACAAAAAGGAAGAAGAAACAACUGAUAUCUUAUUGCAGUUUGUCGGGAACAUCAAUACGAAUGGCGGUGGAUUCACAUCGAUCCGAGCAAAGGUGACUCUUCCAGCCCAGGCCACUGGCCUUAAGAUUCGCUACAAGGGAGAUGGCAAAACCUACAAGGUAUUGCUCUCCAAUGCGAAUCGAGGAGGCCCCUUUUCGAAGACUCCCAGUUGGCAAGCAGAUUUGCCCACCACCAGCAAAGUGUGUGAGGAUGGCAGCAAUAGUGACGAUGAUUGGGACGAAGUUGUUAUCAAAUUCGACACCUUGUUGCCAGCAUUUGGGGGAGGACCCAGGUCACAGCCAUCCGAAGAGGAAAAGGCAAGCUACAAGUUUGAUCCCACAGAAAUGAAAGAGAUUGGGCUCAUGUUGUCGCUGAGACUGAGUGAUGGAAGCCCCAAUCCCAAGGAAAGCUUUGGUGACGGCGAAUUCCCCUUCACUCUUUUGGUUCAUUCCAUCGAUAUUGUUGUAGAAUAA